GGCUCCUGUUAGCUGCUAUUUUCUAACAAGAUGGCUGCCGUUCCUGAGAGCAGAGUCCUUACUUUCAGCGUUUUUAAAUGGAGCUCGUAUUCCUCCACGUAUUUACCAGAGAAUAUUUUGGUGGAUAAACCUAACGAUCAGUCCUCCCGGUGGUCUUCUGAGAGCAACUAUCCUCCACAGUUUUUAAUCUUAAAAUUGGAAAGGCCGGCGAUUGUCCAGAGCAUCACCUUUGGCAAGUAUGAGAAGACCCAUGUCUGCAACCUCAAGAAGUUCAAAGUGUUUGGUGGGAUGAGUGAGGAGAACAUGACAGAACUUUUAUCCAGUGGCCUUAAGAACGACUACAACAAGGAGACCUUCACGUUAAAGCAUAAGAUUGACGAGCAGAUGUUCCCCUGCAGAUUUGUGAAAAUAGUGCCUCUAAUGUCUUGGGGGCCCAGUUUUAACUUCAGCAUCUGGUACAUCGAGCUGCACGGCAUUGAAGACCCUGACGUGGUGCAGCCCUGCCUUAACUGGUACAGCAAGUACAGGGAACAGGAAGCCAUCCGGCUUUGCCUCAAGCACUUCCGGCAGCAUAACUACACGGAAGCCUUCGAGUCGUUGCAGAAGAAGACCCGCAUAGCCCUGGAGCAUCCCAUGCUCACCCACCUCCACGACUGCCUGGUGCUGCAGGGAGACUUCGACGCCUGCGAGGAGCUCAUAGACAAAGCUGUGAGGGAUGGUUUAUUUAACCAGUAUAUCAGCCAGCAGGAGUACAAGCCCAGGUGGAGUCAGAUCAUCCCCAAAUGCAACAAAGGUACAAGCAGCCAAGAAAUCAGCCGAGACGACAUGAACAGUGAGACCACCUCUUCAAGUGACGGCGACGACAACAGGCCAGGGAUGAGGGGAGGACAUCAAAUGGUCAUUGACGUCCAGACCGAGACGGUGUACCUGUUCGGGGGCUGGGACGGCACCCAGGACCUGGCAGACUUCUGGGCUUACAGCGUUCAGGAGAACCAGUGGGCGUGCAUCUCCAGAGACACCGAAAAAGAGAACGGUCCGAGCGCCCGCUCGUGCCACAAGAUGUGCAUCGACUCCCAGCGACGGCAGAUCUACACGCUAGGCCGGUACCUGGACUCCAGCGUCAGGAACAGCAAGUCCCUGAAGAGCGACUUCUACCGCUACGACAUCAACGCCAACACCUGGACGCUCCUCAGCGAGGACACGUCGGCCGACGGAGGGCCCAAGUUGGUGUUCGACCACCAGAUGUGCAUGGACUCGGAGAAGCACAUGAUCUACACGUUCGGCGGCCGCAUCCUGACGUGCAACGGCAGCGUGGAGGACAGCCGGACGUCGGAGCCCCAGUUUAGCGGCCUGUACGCGUACCACUGCCAGGCGGGGACGUGGAGCCUCCUGCGGGAGGACUCGUGCAACGCCGGGCCCGAGGACGUUCAGUCUCGGAUCGGGCACUGCAUGCUCUUCCACACUAGAAACCGCUGCCUGUAUGUGUUCGGGGGUCAGCGGUCCAAGACGUACCUGAACGACUUCUUCAGUUAUGACGUGGACGCCGAUCACGUGGAGAUCAUAUCGGACGGCACCAAGAAGGAUUCUGGGAUGGUUCCAAUGACCGGUUUCACCCAGAGGGCCACCAUCGACCCAGAGCUCAACGAGAUCCACGUCCUGUCGGGGCUGAGCAAAGACAAGGACAAGCGGGAGGAGAACGUGCGCAACUCGUUCUGGAUCUACGACAUAGCUCGCAACAACUGGUCGUGUGUGUAUAAGAACGAUCAGGCUGUAAAAGAAAAUCCAAGUAAGACGCUGCAGGAGGAGGAACCGUGUCCACGCUUUGCACACCAGCUGGUCUACGAUGAGAUGCACAAGGUGCACUACCUGUUUGGUGGAAACCCCGGGAAGUCGUGUUCUCCUAAGAUGCGCCUGGACGACUUCUGGUCCCUCAAACUGUGUCGGCCCUCCAAGGAGUACCUGCUGCGCCACUGCAGAUACCUCAUCCGGAAGUACAGGUUUGAGGAGAAAGCCCAGUCAGAGCCGCUGAACGCCCUGAAGUACCUGCAGAACGACCUGUCUCUCACUGUGGACCACACGGACCCUGAUGAGACCAAAGAGUUCCAGCUCCUGCCGACUGCGCUCUUCAGGUCCAGCUCCGAUUUCAUCCCUCUAGGUUUCUCUGACGUGGACCAGACGUACGCGCAGCGAACGCAGCUCUUUGACACGCUCGUCAACUUCUUCCCCGACAGCAUGACGCCACCCAAGGGCAACCUGGUGGACCUGAUCACCCUCUAGCGGCCCGGUCCCCUGACGCCCCCCCCCCCCCCCCCCCCAGGUGGCCAGCUGAACGCGCACCUGUGCACACGCCGCGUGAAAACAGACCAGACUUGCCAGCUGAGUCCACUUUCUCCACCCCCCACUAAAUUAACCAUGGCGACGAGGAUAUUUAAACACAGCAUCACUGUGCUAGAUAGAUAGAAGUAAAAUUUCCUAAAAGCCUCUGGUGCUUUUUUUUUUUUUUUUUUGGUGUUCCUUUUGAGCAGAGAGUUUGUAAUUUUCAAAAAAAAAGACAAAAAAAAAAGGAUUGUUGCACUUUUGCUUUGUUGUUGGGUGGGACUUUUACACACUAACACGCGGAGCCACAGGCAUUCUACGAAUAAUGUUGAGGGCCAGAGGGAAUUAUUUAAAGAGUUUCCCCCGACUCAUCAGUUCUUGAAGUUUUUCCUAAAUGUGUCUCUAGGAAAAACAUUUGUUAAUCUUCUCGGCUGCUUUCGUUUUUGAUGGACUGCUCGUUUUUUUUGUUUGUUUUGUUUUCCCCUUUGGAUCGCUGCCCUUUUUACAGAUGACAGCCACGCAGCUGCAGCAAAGAAGUGGUUUACAAUUUUAGGAGUUUUAGUGAGUGCCAAGGGAAGAAGUUUAACACGUGUGCGUCAGAGGACAUGGAAAACGGCUUUUGGCUCUUGGAGGUCUGGCCUAAUACAAGACCAGUUUCAAUACUUCAAUUAGCGGACUGUAAUCUGAUCCUAACUGCUGAAAUAAUGUACAAAAUGUGUAAAUAUAGGUACAGAAUAUUUUCCUGCAUUAAAUGCAUCUUCUGCUGGAAUGUUUCCCACUUUACUUAAAUCGUCUGGGUCUGCACAUGAACACAUAUUAGUUCCUGUAUCAGAUAUUCAGUGUACGGGGAAAACGUCUGUGAUUGUGCUUAAAGAACCUCGUUUAGUGUAACCAAUUACCUUGUGUAGGUCUCCUCAAAGUCCCCGACGUGAGUAGCGGCUACCCACAAUGAGCUCUUUUGUCUUCUAAUGAAUUAAGUCAGAACCAGCUAAUAGAUGUUGAAUUGCUUCUACAGACAAUAUCCCCAUAAUCUGAAAAUAUCUCUCGUCUUUCCUAGAAAUGCUCAGUUUAAGCAGCCAAUAUUCUUUGUUUUGUUGUGAUCCGCUUUCUGCAGGUUUUUAUUUUUUUAUGAAAUGCAUCAAAACUGAGAACCUGCAGCAUUUUCAGUUUCUAAAUCACAUCAACCAACAGCGUGCGCUUUGGUUCACUAAAGAUUAAAUGUUAGCUCCCUGGAUAGAUAACCUUGUAAUCCUUCCAUGGUGAAAUCAAAACUGCUACCUCUAUCAUUAAACCCACAGCACACCUCUCUCUCUCUUUUACGUUUUGUACUUCCUUAACGAAUCCGAAUCAGCCGAUCAGACCCCAAAGAAAAGAGGAAAUCCGUGUUGGAGAAAAAACCUGAUCGUUGCAUUUCUAUUAUUCUAGAAAGUAAAUCAUCGGUCGUAAAUCACAGUUACCAAACGGCGAGCAACCCUCCACCCUGUUUAGGUAAACCCCCCCAAAGACCUAUUUUCACACAGAGCGGUCAAGCCGACAUGUUUCUGUAGGGAGCCGACCUAAUUUCAGUGAGUAUGAAAACAACCAAGAAGUUGUUUUCACAAAUCGUCGCCUUGAAAACAAAAAACGCCAUCCUGAAUGAUGGUUCAGCUUGAACCGUUGACGUGGGUGCUCCCGCGCCCCCGACUACCCCGAGGCGACGCGCAUCACCCACCCAGCUAGCUCCAACAACACGGGUUACAGUUACACGCUGAAACAAACCGAGACCCGUGACGAGAAGCCCCGCUCCUUAACGUGAUGCUUCCCAUCCUGUUGCAAGGGUUCCUAAAAUCUGCUCCCAACUCGUCAGCCCCGCCUUCCGCAUCCUUACGGCUUUCCUUCUGCCCUCACCUCCACCCGCGCCCCCCAAAAGCCAGACCAAAGAACUGCUCGUCUCAGAAACUAGAGGCCAACCCGUGCAAACCCACAGCCAAUGAAAACGUCGAGUGCAAUGCGUAGAACGCGCAAGGCUAGUUCCACUUUUAGUUUACAGUAGGUUCUCUAAAUGAAUACCCCCCCCCCCCCACCCCACCCAUCCCCCGUCUGAUCAGCCGAGUGACGCACAGAGGCAAAUCCCUGACCGCUUCCUGAGCAACAUGGCGCCGCUAGCACAUGCAGAUGAGUGGGAGUCUCCUGUGGCCAGCUUUCUAGAAUGGUGGGAAAACAGUACUGGUGUAGAUUUAAGGAUUUAAGGAAAAUGAUGAGGGGCAAUGCAGCCCAGCUGAGUGACACGACAGUGUUCUGAAUGCAAUCCUCUGAAAACCACUGCCUCCCUCCAACAUGCCCACGUGGAAGCUUCACAUGUAGCAUACGACUCUUUGCCCACCAAACUGACGCUUGUAGGACUUUUUUUUUUAAAUCAGAACAUGUUCUCAGGCUGUUCUCUUAGCAAGGGACACGGUCAGAGGAAGAUAAACAGCCAUGGUAUGAAAUGACAGAGGCUCGCUUCCUCUCCCGCUUGUUUCUCUUGGAUCGAGGGGAAAGUAGCGGCCCUGCUCUGGGAUUAACGCUCCUGCAGGAUAUGGCGAGCUGCUUCUCCGGCAGUAGCAUCCCCUCUUUUAAAGAACCAGUAAUGGGAGGAUGGCUUUCAAUAAUCUUAGGAGUAUUACUGACAUUUUAAGCCUUAGCAGGGAGGAAAGAAUCAUGGAUUUAUUCCUUUAGGGAAGUGGUACCAAUAUAGAGGUGCAUGUUAUUAAAUUGGCCUUUUUAUUUAUUUCAGUAAAAAAAAAAAAAAAAAAAAACAUUAAUUGGAUGUUUUUCAUCCUUUUUGCUAAUGAAUUACUAAAAUAAAUCAACUUUCAAUGAAAAAUGCAUGUUUUAGAUGCACCUCUAGUGGACGGUGUGUGAGUGUGUGUUUCCAUGUGGCUCUUAUACAGAAUAGUUCAACCCUGUGGUUAAAAAAAAAAAAAAAAAAUACAAUAAGAAUGAUGACCCCCCCUACUGUAUUUGAGCAUUUAGGGUUUUAGUUGUUUGUUUUUUAUUUAACCAGAGGAAGGUUUUGUUUAAGAAAGCUUCAUGCUGAACACCUUAUUAUAAAGACUCAUGCCAAAUGCUUGUUUUCUUCUUCCAUGUUUGGGAAUCGGUCCCACAACCUUUUGCCGUGUCAUAACUUAUUACCAUUUGUCUCUAUUGGCCGGCCCCCCAGCCCCGUAUGGGUGGGAGGGAUUUUAAGGCUGCUGCUCUCCGUAAAGCACCACUCUGUGCGCACACAGAAUGUGUAGAAAGCCUUGUAGUAUUGCAUUGUAUGUAAUGUAUAUAACAAAUAAAGAUUGUAUUUUGUUCAAGUUUU